CUAAUUGGGUCAGGAGGACUAUGUGAGAGGGGGGUGAGUUCUUUUCAUCUCAAGAGCCCGGCCACUCAGUCCAAGUCAAUUGCUGCUCCGGCUUGGAGUUCUACCUGCUCUUCUGACUGAUUUCAAGUUGUUUCUUACAUUGGGUUCAUUAAUGUCUGCGUCUACACAGUCGCAAACGAGAGAGAGAGAGAGAGAAGAGAGAAACUUAUGAGUGUUGCUCUUGAAGGAGUGAGGAGAGGGAAGAGGACUGUUCGUCCCAGACAAGUAAGGAAGUACGGACCCCUCUUGAGAGACUUAUUAACUCCCUCGUCCUCCAUCAUGGCAUCUGCAGCAGAUUGGAAGCUACAAAUGGACGCUGCCCCUGAGGCAGAGAAAGCGCAGUACCGAUUCUUCUAUGAGAAAGCAUUGAAGAGGGAGGGGGAAGAGAAAGAGAAGGAGAGGGAGGAGAAGGUAAAGGCUCAUGAAACCAUUUUCUGUACCUUGCCUGCCCUAACCGAUGCGGAGGUGGAAGAGAAAACCGUUUCACUCCUCCGGGCUUUGGUGGACGUCCGGACUGUUGAGGACCACACUGACCAACUCGCCAAAGUGUUCGACGAACUUAAGAAGUUGCGCGAGGACAUGGCCCUGAUGGCGCAGCAUCACCGUGACCAGCUGGAACAGUUUGCUAAUGUGCAGCCAACUCAAAGCAUCCUUCCGUCUACCUACUCUGCUUCUAGUGCUACGUGUCAGUCUGUUUUUGCCCCUCUAAAUAUGUUUUCUUCUACUUCUUCUUCGUCUUUGAGUGUGGCUAAUAGCCAAUCCGGAUCUGCAGCAGGUCCAGACCCCGCUACUGCUGCUGCUGCUGCUGCAGCGGCAAGUGGCCGUGCAAGGAAUUCUGGAACUGUUGCAGUCCCGAGUUCGGACCAGACAAUGGUUGGUCUUAGCGGCAGCUUUGCUUACAUCGACAGGAAGGCGGCGCAGAUUCCGUCCAAGUAUGACGGAAAGGACGACAUCGAGUCUUGGAUCAGCUCCAUACGAUCCUACUUUGAUGUGUUGGGGACCCUCUCGUCAACCCAGUCGUCUAUCCUAGGGACUAAUGUGGAGCCCGUCGUGAGGGGUUUCUUGGAAACCCAAGCUGUCCAAUCAGGCUAUAAGAGAAUAAACCUGAACAAAUGGCUGAAGGCUACGCCUACCGCCACACUCGAGGAUCUCUUGAUCAAACAGUAUGCUGAUCCACAUGCUACAGCCAAAGCUAGAUUUAAGCUUGACAAGCUCAAGCACAACAAGUGGACCGGCACCAUGCAUAGCCUGCAGCAGUAUGUUAGUAAACUCUUUGCUACUCCGGAUCUGGAGAUGACUGCGCAGUCUUGUUUAGAUGUGAUAAAAGGUACGGUCCCCUCUACUCUAAAAGAUCGCCUAGGGCUCGGACUCAAUGCAUAUACAGAUUGGCUUACCCUCAUGCAGGAUUUAGUCAAGCUGGAGGCACAAGACCUCCCGGGUGGAUCAAGUGGCAAAACGACCACCAACCGCAAACGGUUUUCAGGCAGCAACCGUUUUGCAGCACACGAUCUGCUUGAGGCUGACGAGGAGACCCUUGUGGAGGAAUCUUCUUUUGAUGACGAUCAAGAACAAGACUGCGGGGCAUCUUGCUCUUUGUCAGCCCAUGAGUCUGAGUAUGUGAAUGACGAUGAAUCUAUGAAUGCCUUCAAAAAGACUGUCUUUAAAAGUGGAUGCAAAGUCUUCAGCAAGAUCGAUCUCAAGUAUGGCUACCACCAGAUUGAAGUGGAUCCUGCAGACCAGCAUAAAACUGCAUUCAAAACUCGCGAUGGGCUGUACGAGUUUACAGUCAUGCCCUUAAGUCUCACGAAUGCGCCAACCACCUUUCAAAGCCUCAUGGAUAAGGUAUUUUGCAAUCAGAUCAACCGAUUUGUCAUUGUAUAUCUGGAUGACAUACUAAUCUUUAGCAAAUCGAUGGAGGAGCACAUGAGACACCUUGAGGAAGUGAUGCAGAUCCUCAAGGACGCGCAACUCCAUCUCAACUUGGAGAAAUCUGAGUUUGGAAGGGACAAAGUCAUCUACCUUGGACAUCGGUUGUCUGCUACACGCCUAGAGCCCGAGGCAACCAAAGUUGAGGUCAUCCGAAAAUGGCCUCAACCUGCGAAUGUCCGCGAGUUACGUUCUUUUCUUGGUCUUGCGUCGUACUACCGUAAGUUUGUGCCCAAAUUCUCUAUCAUCGCCCGUCCGAUGUCUAGACUAACAAGCAAGAAUGUGUCCUACACAUGGAAUGAGGAAUGCACAACAACCUUCGACGAAUUGAAAGAGGCUUUGGUGAGUCAUCCGGUGCUCCGCAUUGCGGAUCCCAAGCUUACGUUUGUAGUAACUACGGAUGCAAGUUUGUAUGGGAUUGGUGCAGUGCUGCAGCAAGACGAUGGUGAUGGCAUACGUCCGCUUGAAUACUACAGCAAAUGCAUGCCAGUCACAAGGUUCAUAAGUGCAGAUUGGAAAGACUUCACCUCCCAGACCUAUGACAUGAAACUCAAGACGACGUCUGGCCAACACCCCGAAGCCAAUGGAUUGGCCGAGGAAAUCAACCAGACCGUAAUCCAACUUCUCAGGGCUCUUAUCGUGCCUAACCAGAACUCUUGGGAUGAGGAGUUGCCGAUUGUGCAGGGGUUGUACAACAACUCCAUACACUCCUCCACCGAGAUGACGCCUAACCGACUGCAUCUUGGAUGGAAAAUCUGCAAUCCUCUAUCUUAUUUGUUCCCGGAACAGCCACCUGGCCUAACACCUGGUCAGCCAGGCUACAACGCUAAGUAUGAUCGUUUGCUCAAAGUCGUUGUCGCAGCUAUGGAAAGGCGAGGCAGUGCCAUGAUUAAGCAUGCAAACAAAAAAGCGCCAGCCUGAUCCUUUCACAGUGGGAAGUUAUGUCUGGGUCAAGAUGUCUGAGUUUUCUGAAGAAGAAGGCGUAUCACAGAAACUUCUUCCUCAGUACUACGGUCCCUGGAAGGUGCUGAAUCGAGUAGGUAAUGAUUCCUUCGGUCCUUCUUACACAAUUGAUGUGCCUGCUCAUCUGCGCACAUACCCAGUCUUUCACGCAUCAAAGCUAUUUCCGUAUGAGCCACCUGAGACGUUCAAGUACCGAGAAUCGAUGAGUCCCCGCGCAAUCAAUGGCGGCCACGAGG